UUUGGCGAAUACUUCUGUUCAGAUGAAGUGAAUCGGGAUGGAUUGGUGUAACAUCUGUGUGUAAACGGGUAUUCACUCUGCAUUAGCAUAUUCGCCUACAGUCGUGGCUGCAGUCAGACUAGCUGGACUUGUCUUUCUUGGAUCAUUCUUUCUUGGAACGUGAUAAUCAUAAACAAUAGGACGCAGUUUAUUGGCGUCAUCAUUAAGCAUCGUCGAAAAGUUCACAGAAGAGGCAGCUGAUUCUUUUGAGUAGCUACGCAAUUGUAAACUUGCACAAUAUGUCAGUUAGGUAGUUUUGGAAAUGUGUUUAGCUCGCCAGUAUAACGUUACGUUUUAAUGACAGAGAAACUCUGUACCAAUGACCCACGAUAUCGGAGCCAUCGCGCCUGCUAAUUUUCGAUCUUUUAUUAGGCACUAAGCUACCAGCAAGAAUUCAUUUCUACAUAAAAUACUUAUUUUAGUUUUAUUGGGUGACCACAACGGUUCAGAUUACUAUCAGCUUCUGGCUCGGCUGCUGUAUGAUAGUGCGUUAGAUCGUUAAACCAGCGUUAUGGGUAACAUAUAAACAAGCAUGGUAGUUAGUUAGCUAAUCAGCUAACCCCACUGGGUCGGAGUCGAGUUGUUUGUGGAAAAGCAUUGUAUAACGAUGGUACUCUCUUUGGUGAACAUUUGUGCUAAGGAAGUGGUUAGUGAUCACAGUUCAUCGCCGUGUUGGCUCGGUAGUGUGCCCAGAGAACUGUACGGACCGCUCCUUGAAGCGGCGUUCACCUACUGUCGCCCGCUAGCCAUCGGGGAAUUAGUGCAGCGAUGGCCCGAACGUACUCUGGCCGUAGGACGGAAGAGGAGACCAGGACAAAGCCCCCCUAACCGCCUCUGCGUGCAGGCGCUGCUGUUGGCUGUUGUGAGAGGAUUGGCAGAUAAACGGUGCGCCCUGCAAGUGCUGGAUCUAUGUGGGUUGCAGUGUGAAGACGAAUGUGUGGAGGACUCUAUGGGCGGCUGGUCACUCACGGUUGCCCUCUGCUCCACAGUGCUGCAGGCUAAAGUCGCUGUCCAGAAAGGUGUUAGGAAAGAGGGGGAACGAGAGAGGAAGAGGGGCUUGGAGACGGAGAGAAAUAGGGACAGUGCCAUAAAACGGGACCGUGGAUCAGGUGGCCGGGGCAAACAGGUGGAGAAGGGCAGUGAGGAGGGAGAGGACAAAGGGGUAAAGGUGGACCGCCUCCGAGACCUACGAGUGGAAGAGGAGGGUGAGGUGGUGAUUGGGGUGAGAAGGAGGAUGGAGAUUCAGAAGAGGAAUGGUACAGUAGACCUGAAUGGAGGAAGCGGUGACCUUGACCCUGAUCCCGAACCCAUACUGGUGCAUGUCUGUGCUGACCUGUUUGUCAAUGCCCGCUCCUGGGAGCGCAUGCGUGGGGCACUCACCUCCCAAGGGCCCCUACGACUCCACUGUCGACACCUCCGUGUGGAGGAGCUGCAGGCUCCCUCAAUCGCUGCUCUGCUCUCCCUACUGCCCGAGCAGGGCCUCCUGGGCCUGGACAUCCGUUACUCUAGCCUGGGGGUGUCGGGCCUGGCCCUGCUUCUUCCUCUGCUGGCUCCCUUCCCUCACCUUAGCUCACUGAAGCUUCAUUACUGCAACUUGGACCUGCACCGGACCCUGCCUGGUCAGGAGGUGGCACUUAAGGACAUGUCCAAGGGCCUGGGGGGGCUGAAGGGACUCCGGCAGCUCAGCCUCACAGCCCUGCGGCUGCCAGGACACCUGCGCUUGCUGCUAAGCUCUCUCUCCCAACCCCUUGAGGUGCUAGAACUCCCUUACUUGAGUCUGACCCCAGCUGACUUGGCCUACUUGUCCUGCAGUCCCCAUGCGUCGUCCCUCCAACGCUUGGACCUGAGUGAGAAUAGACUGGACAUGUCCACGCUGCCCUCCUUGCGCCGCCUCUUCUCCCAGGCUGCCCUCUCCCUCUCCCAGCUCUCCCUAUGUGGCUGCGGCCUCUCGGACAGCCUGCUGGGGACGCUGCUUCCCUCUCUGUCCUGCUGCCGGGCUCUGCAGAGUCUGAGACUGGCUCUGAACCCUCUCUCCCUGACGGGACUGCUGUCGCUGGUCAGGACGGCUGCGGGGAUACCCACCCUCCGGCUGCUCCUGUACCCCAACCCGCUGGAGGAGUACGAGGCCGGGUUGCCCCCCGUACCCUCCAGUGCCCAGCUACUGGACUGGCCUCUGGCUGAAGAGGGGGAGAUCAGGGAAGCCAUCUUGUUUCAGCUGGAGGAGCUUCUGAGGCAGAGUGGGCGGUCUAGUGACCUCUUCCUUACCUCAGACCUGCUGAACUUUACCAAAGAUCUGUUGGAGGUGGAGUAGGUUGAGGAUUUCAGGCUGUCAACGACAAUGCACCUUGAGCGAGUCUUACUUGGGGAUAAAAGGACCUAAUAGCUGGACAGGUUACACAUCAUGUCUGAGGAGUAAGCCACCAGGAGCUUCUGGCAUGUUCGCUAGAGAGCUGCUCUUGACAGUGAUGUUUAAUACUGUAUGACUUCUGAGCUAAACCUACCUGGAAGGGAGCUUGUUCUGGACAGGAUUUGGCUAUCGUCAGUCACAGCUAUCAAAUACCUUGCUUGAUGUAGGAAACACAUCUUGUACAUUAUGUGUUUGCACAAUGGAGGAUAACGUUAGUCUUGGGUGCUAUCAGCUUAGCUUUGACAUUCAUUUUGAUCUCUUGGCACUCACUAAGGUGCAGUAAUCUUACAGCACCAGUUUACAGUUUAAGUGCCUGACAAUAUGUAAAGAUCAUAUAUGAAUCUCAUAUAUGAGUCACAUUUGAAUGUGACUUUUUUUUUUUUACAUAAAUGUAAGAUAUUUACAUACAUCAAAUUUCAGUCAAUCCACCGUUAAGUACAUCCGGGCAUUACUAUGGCCACUGAUGAGAAGGCUGACACGCCACAUCUGAUAUACACAAGGCCUGGCACGUGCUUUAGUUUGGCACUGGCAGUGAACCAGCAGUUCACUGUGCAAUGCCAACCAGGUGCUGAAAGACCCAAAGCUGCAGUAAAGAAGCUUAACCAGAAUUAGAUUCUGCACAUGUGUUCUUUUCAGUCAUCCACAUUGUCUUCACUCAUAUUCUUUUGUCAUCGCGUGUCCUGCUGAAACACAGUAUCCUAUCUGUCAUUACUGAACCAGGCAUGUCAAGAAUAAGAUGAAUGGAACUUUACUCUGAUUGGCUCCUUUCCUGGCCGUGUCACAUUUUGUGUGUGUGUGUGUGUGUGUGUGUGUGUGUGACAUUAGUCCCCAAUCUUAUUUGGGGCCCAGGAUCACGUGUUGUAAGAGCAGCUACCAGCAACAUUUCCAAAGGAAAAACACAGUGCAUUGUACCUACCCUGGCAAGCACUGAUGUGAUAUUCUGGGAAAGCACUUGGGAUUGCCAAAAGCAAUAUAUUAAGUCUGAUGUAUUUACAAUGCUUAGCAAAACAUACAUACAUUCAUGUGAAUUGAACUUGUACUUGACACCUGUAUUCAUGAUGUGUCAUUGUAUCAGCACUUUAUCAUUCUGAAUGGCUUUGAGUGACUUUUGAAUUGAUUGCUUUGGGUUGAUUUUGUACAUCUGAGAUCAAAGAUUUGUUUAAGUAAACCUGACCACACAGUACAAAGUUCUGUAUGCAGAUGAUGUGCUAAUUGUGUAUUUCCAGUGUACUCCUUUUAAACAAAUCUGUGCUCUGCAAGCUUUAUUUUGUGUAGACACAAUCUUUGUGAUGUGUCAAGGCACAGUAACUGACACCAACUUAAGCAGAACUCUUUGAAAAGCUAACUCCCAAGUAAGCCGUUAACCAAACACUAAAGCUGACCCUUGUAGCCAGGGCAUUGUUUUUUGCCCUCUAAAAUAACUAGCAACUGUUGUUGGCCCAUUGUGUUUCUGUAUAAACCAUUAAAAAAGGAUUUAUAGUCUUGCUUUUUAUAUUUAA